UCACACUGUGAGAGAGGUUGAGAGGGAAUCAGCAAACGCCUAACAACAAGUUUGCUGCUGUGGCUGUUUUCAGUGUCUAUUGUCUCUAAACAAUAGUUCUCCAUUUUUACGGUUUUAACUUUGCUCCUGCACGUUUACAAUCGUGUCUAUUGAGUUUCCUGGUAGGGCAUAAACGUCCCAUCAUCAGUAUGUCAUCAGAGGCAUCAUCUCCUGUGAAGGCCGCUCAGUCCAACACCCCUCCUCUGUCCCCGCUGUCGCCGACCUCACCUGUUUCUCCGGUAUCCCCCGGCGGUCUGCGUCUGCCCACCGGCCGCUACAGAGACCGCUCGCCGUCCCCCAUGAGGGAUUAUUUGAUCCCCAGCCCCUUGCCCACUCGACGCACUCGUACCUGCUCAGCUGCAGCGCGUGCAGCAGAAGGUCCAGUUUUCUCUGGGGUCUGCAAGUGCUUUUCACGUUCCAAAGGACACGGCUUCAUUAAGCCAUCAGACGGAGGCAAUGACAUCUUCGUGCAUAUCUCUGACAUAGAGGGUGAAUAUGUACCCGUGGAAGGAGAUGAAGUGAGCUAUAAGAUCUGCUCUAUUCCACCUAAACACAUGAAAAUCCAGGCCGUGGAGGUGACCAUCACUCAUUUAGCACCAGGCACGAAGCACGAGACCUGGUCAGGACAUGUGGUCGAAUCAUGAAGACCCGUGAUGAAAAUAGUGCUUUAAUUCUGUACUGUCAUACUGGGUGAUAAAAGUGAUGUUAAAAUGGA